UAACAGUGCCCACUUCACUGACUCCGUAGAAGAGUCAUGCUCUAGGUUCCUGAGAGAGAGAGAUAAACCCACUUCGCUGACUCCGUAGAAGAGUCAUGCUCUAGGUUCCUAUGAGAGAGAGAGAGAGAGAGAGUCCACCUAUAACAAUUGGUGAAACCAAUGAAACCAUUUCAAAGUUCCCUGGUACCUUCAAAAGCCAUUACUCGAUUAACAAAACAAGCUUGUGUUGCUUUGCUGGAGAAUUGCAAAUCCAUGAAAGAACUGAAACAAAUCCAUUGCCAACUCUACAGAAUAGGACUGGAUCAAAACAAGGAUAUAGUGAACAAACUCAUGGCCUCAAAUUCCAGGGAUCUCCCUUAUGCCGAGAAGAUUUUCUGCCAAAUCAAAAACCCACAUUUGUUUAUAUAUAACAUCAUGGUCAGAUCAUUUGCAAAGCAUGGAAAUUUCAAAAAAAUCAUGUUUCUCUAUCAUCAGAUGAGAGAGGAAGGCAUUUUCCCUGAUAAUUUCACUUACCCAUUUGUGCUCAAGGCGAUGGGGUAUUUGCAAGCAUUUGUGGAGGGAGAAAAAGCUCAUGUUAGUAUUAUAAAAAGGGGGUUCGAAUUCGAAUGCUAUGUGAGAAACUCUCUAGUGGAAAUGUAUUCUUCCCUGAAAUGCAUUGAUAAAGCCCGCAUUCUAUUUGAUGAAACUCCAAAGAGAGAUGUGAUUUCUUGGAAUGUGAUGCUCUCGUGCUAUGUCAAAACCGGAAGCUUCAGUGAAGCAGCAAAUCUUUUCAGACUAAUGGAACAGGACCAUAUAGAGCCGGAUGAGGCCACUCUGGUCACUGUUAUUUCGGCCUGUGUUUACUUAAGAAACUUGGAUUUGGGUAAGAAUAUCCACUCUUAUAUGGAACAUGAUGAGAAGCUUAGGCACAGUAUUUCUCUCUCUAAUGCUUUGAUAGAUAUGUACUCCAAGUGUGGAUGUAUAACUGCUGCACGGGUCUUGUUUGAUGGUAUGAGAGAGAAAACUGUCAUCUCAUGGACGGCCAUGAUUCAUGGGUAUGUGAAUUGCGGUGAUUUGGACAAUGCUCGCAUGCUUUUCGAUAGAAUCCAAGAGAGAGACACAGUUCUGUGGACUGCAAUGAUCAACGGUUAUGCUCGGUUUAGUCGAUUCAAUGAAGCAUUGGAGCUCUUUCAAGCAAUGCAAAUAUCGAAACUAAAACCCGACAAAUUCACAAUUGUAACUAUUCUCACAGUUUGUGCUCACUUGGGGGCUCUAGAGCAAGGAAAAUGGAUCCAUAACUACAUUAAAGAAAACCAAGUUGGGAUUGAUGCUUUUGUAGGAACGGCCCUUGUUGAUAUGUAUGCCAAAUGUGGUUCCAUCGAAGAAUCGUUUGAAGCUUUUCUAAGCAUACAAAACAAAGACACAGCAGCAUGGACAGCUAUGAUUUGCGCGCUAGCAAUGCAUGGACAAACAUCGAGGGCCUUAGAUUUGUUUUCAGAGAUGAGAGACAGAGGCACAAGGCCUGAUGAUAUAACUUUCAUUGGUAUUCUCAGUGCUUGUAGUCGUGGAGGUUUGGUGGAGGAAGGAAAGAAGCUUUUCGCUUUAAUGGAAAGAGAGUAUGGAAUUGAGCCUAAGGUGGAGCACUAUGGGUGCAUGGUCGAUCUUCUUGGAAGGGCUGACCUUCUGGUUGAGGCUCAAGCAUUGAUAGAGAAAAUGCCAAUUGCUAGUGAUACUCCCUUAUGGGGUGCCCUUCUUAGUGCAUGUAGAAUUCAUGGAAAUGUAGAGAUGGGGGAGUGGAUAGAAAAACUAAUGCCUGAGAUUGAAUGUCAUAAUUCGGGAUUACAUACACUAGUCGCCAACAUAUAUGCAGCUGUAAAUCGAUGGGAUGAUGUGAACAAGGUGAGGAGAGAAAUGAAAGAUCUUGGGAUUAAGAAAGUACCUGGUUGCAGCUCUAUUGAAGUUAAUGGAGUUGUUCACGAGUUCAUUGUUGGAGAUACUUCUCACCCUCAGAUGAGAUAUAUAUAUUCCUUAUUGGAUGCAAUGGUUGGGAGCUUAGAGAAGAAAGCUGAACAAAGAAAUGAAAGAGAAGACUUGAUUAAAUUAUGAGCCAAACUUUCAGUCUCUAAUUUAUGGAAGAUUAGCAGGCACUCUAUCUUGCUGAGUUGGUGAUGAUUGUGCCACAAUUCUUUUUCAUGUCUUAAGAGGAACUUACGUACAGACCAUAUUGUUGGGGAGAGUCAAUUACAAAAUAGGAUCAUGUUUGUCUCAAAUUACGGGCAGCAUGCCUUCCUUUCUAA